AUGUCUUUGGGAUGGUCGCUGUCCUUUCUGGUAAAGGCCAUCUCAUCUUUUCAGAAGACGCCUUUGCCGAACUGGUUCGAAUGGCUCGAUACAGCCUGGAUCUGCGCCGCCCUCUUCCCCGUCGAUCUUGAGAUUCGACCAAUCAUCAUCUGGAUGUUCUUCAGUGGAGCUUACGUCGAUGCGAAAGUCAUGGGCGCAUAUGGCUACAAAAGGACAGCCGGAACUAUCCUUGGGGCCUUGGCGAUCCUCUCGAUCUCGUACUCUAUCUACCUAUCUCGACGACCUCGAGAGGAACCCGUCAAGCCUUCGGAUGAGGAAAAAAUACCUCUGUUACCGGACGAGAAGAUUCAGGAGAGUCCGAGAGAUGUCGAGAUAUAG